GCCGAGCACAGCUGCCCGGUGAGACCAGCGGCAAACAUCAAUAACUAUCUGACUGCACCGGUAAAUGCCAACUGCAGGCCGCUGUUACAGGACAAAACAAGUCGAGUAGGCAAGGAAGAGGACAGGUGAGACUGAAACCAUAUCUGUUCCCUUUUUAUUUUGGUUCUGACCAAGUGGGUAUUGUUCUACAAAUGGAUAAUGGAGACUGGGGCCAUAGGAUGACUACUCCUGUUACCUUGAACGUGGGAGGCCACCUGUACACCACCAGUUUAUCCACCCUACAACGCUAUCCAGACUCCAUGCUGGGUGCCAUGUUCAGGGGAGAUUUCCCCACAACUCGCGACUCCCAAGGGAAUUAUUUCAUCGAUCGUGAUGGAACACUUUUCCGGUACAUCCUGAACUUCCUGCGGACGUCCGAGCUCACCCUCCCUGUGGAUUUCACAGAGACAGACCUCCUGAGGAAAGAGGCGGACUUCUACCAGAUUGAACCUUUGAUCCAGUGCCUUAGCGAUCCAAAGCCGCUGUACCCUCCAGACAUCUUCGAGCAGGUCGUGGAGCUCUCUAGCACUCGGAAACUGUCGAAAUAUUCAAACCCAGUCGCUGUUAUUAUCACACAGCUAACCAUUACUACGAAGGUUCACGCCCUGCUGGAAGGUAUUUCCAACAACUUCACCAAGUGGAACAAACACAUGAUGGACACUAGAGACUGCCAGGUGUCGUUCACAUUCGGACCAUGUGACUAUCACCAAGAGGUGUCCUUAAGGGUUCACCUCAUGGACUACAUUAUGAAACAAGGCUUCACCAUCAGGAACACGCGUGUGCAUCACAUGAGUGAGCGUGCAAACGAGAACACAGUGGAGCAUCACUGGACUUUCUGUAGACCAGCUCACAAAGUUGAAGACUGAGUUAGAGCACAAUUGUGGGUGACAUUUGUCUUUUUAUAUUACACAAAUCAUCAUCAAAAAAGAACAAAUUGACCUCUGUUUCAGUAAUGUAUCACUAAUAAUGAUUUUUUUUCUUAUUUUAAUCAAUGUGUUACAGUGUACAAACUUCAAAGUCCAGACAGUUAAUAUAAAUACAGUGUUAUCGUGGUAUAACACUUUCUUUUAUGUGUUACAUAUUUGAUAUUUCUUGAAAAAUGAUUAAUCCUUUGAGGUUAUAAAACAAAGACAAUUUUUUUUUUUUUAUGAAGUAGAAAGACCCUGUAGUUAUGAUUUUAUUAAUUUAGGGACACUAUAUUAUACCCCAAUGAUGGUAAAAAUGGGGGUACAUUGAUUUUUACAGGAAUAAUUGUGAUUUAGUGUGCUUCCAAUAACUACAACCGUUUAUCUCAAAGUCAGUAAUAAAGUGAGUGUGAACACGUAUCCAUGAAUUUAAGUGUAGACCACAAUUGGAUGAAAAAAGUAAAAAAGAGAUUAUAAAAGAUGUCUUGGUCACAGCUUAAGCCACAUUCUGGACUAGAGACAAAAAGAGAGUUUUGGAUCCCAAGGAGUCAGGAGUGUACUUUUUAAAAAUAAUGAUAAUGAUAAUAAAUUAUAAUUGUCUUUAGCCCAAUUACUUUCUGGUGAGUUGACAGUAGAUCUUAAACUUAGUCUUUUAGCUCUUUAUUAUCUCAAGUAUGGUACUAUUUCUAAAGACCCUAGUAGUUGAUGCAUGUGUCUGAUGGUCUUGUAUAUGUAUAUGUAUUUGCUGUGUGUGCUUUGCAGUAUGAUGUCAUACUGUUACACUUUAGAGCUCAUAUCAACAGUGAUGUGUUUGGUCAUCCCAGCCAAAAUAAACCCAUUUGUGUAUUUGUCAGUCAUUAAAUUUUUCUUUAUAGUUUAAUUUUUCACCUUAACUCUGUGACAUUUUGUGCUAGAGCUCAUAUGGUGUUGCAGCUAUUCUAACAUCCAACAGCUGCGAAGCACUUUACAACUGUAUGUACCCAAGUUCACAAAAAUGUUGAGAGCUACUUUUUAAUCACAAUCUGUGUGAAUAACACAACACACUGACAAAAAAAACACUACCAGUGUACAUUCUACCAGUCUAAGUAUAAAGGUUUUUGAUCUGGACUUAUGUUGUCAGGACAGAGAACACAAUCAAAUCAUCCCUUUUUUGCUUUCAUUAAAAACAAUAAAGGAUUCAGAAAGAAAGUGGGUUUCAAAUGGCAUUAAGCCAUUAAUUGGAUGUCUGACACAUUUUCACAACCAUAAGUGGUGCAAAUUGGUUGCUCAGUAUUGUAAAUUAUUUUUCACUUCAACAGCAGAAUUGGCAGAAAUCGGAAGCUAAUUUAGCAUCGUCAGAAUAAUGCAGCAUACGUUUUUACAAUGGGGAGCAAAAUGUCUUCUGGCAAAGUUACAUAAGUAACAUUUAUGAUGGUGAUACAAAUGAAGAGCUCUGUCUUACAUGUGCCGUGCUGCCAGUUGGACUACCUCCUACCACUUACUUUCUGCUGUAAAGCACAAAUUAAAGAUGGCUGCUAAUGUUGUUUUCAAUAAUGUUUUGUGCUAGAAAACUAAUUUCUUUGAGUAAAUUAAAUGCUGGGAACAAAAUGUUUUUGUAAUUGCAGUUUUAAUAAUUAAUUGGGUGAAAAUGAAUGUGUUUAUGAGAGUACUUAUUGCAAAGCACUGAAAGAAUUUGCCAACGGUGUUGAACUACUUUCUCACACACUUACUGUUUAUAUGUGUUUUUCUUUUGUAUGCCAAUGCAACUCUACAGCACCAUUUGAUUUCCACCUAGUGACCUACUUUGUAGAUUAUUUAUUGAAUUUCAGUAGAGAAGGCAUUAGACUUGGCAUGUUGGACAUGA